CACCCAUGCUGUGAGUUCUGGAAUGACGUGGCUAACGGAUCUGCCACCAUAUGCCAGAUGGCUGAGUGAUUCAAGGAUAACACAACAGAAAAAACAAAGAACAUGAUAACUAAGGAUAACUAUAAAUAUUCUGGAUUUCACCAAGAAUGCAUUCCACUUGAUUAUUGAAUAUAAAAGGCUGAAUUGCCUACCUGGACCGUAGCACAACCCACAGAUGGUGCAGUAAAGUGACGAAAUGUUUGACACAAAGGAAGAGGAGUCUUUAACCAAUAUCAGUUCACUACCGCCUCCAUCUGUCAUAGAGGACAAUCAGAGACUUCGGGAACAGAAUCAAAUUCUUCAGCAAGAGAACAGAUUCUUGUGUGUUGAGAACAAAGCUUAUUGUCAACAGAAUCAAUUAAUCCUAAGACAGAAUAAAGCUCUUUGGGAACAGAACAGAAAUCUUCAGGAGAAGUAUAUACGCUCUUCAGAAGAAAAACUCUAUGAGAAAUGGCGAGAAUUCUUCCAACUACGAUUUAAAGCUUGCAGAGAAGAGGAUACAGUUCUCAGAGUACAGGAAAUGGCAUUUGUUAUGCAGAACAAAGCUAGGUGGGAAGAGCUUUUAGCUCUGUGGGAGGAAGACAAAGCCAAGUUUCUUCAAAAAUACAGCAAAGGCAUCGAGGAGGAAAAGAAGGCUCUCUGUGAUGAAAAAAAUGCCCUUGCUGCUCAGCAACUUUGCCUUCUAAGGGAGAAUAGGGCACUUCAAGAUGAAAGGGAGGUCCUACAUAGUCAGAGAAGAGCUAUCCUAGACGAGCAAAAAUUCCUCCAUGAUUGGUAUAACACCCUUCAAGAAAAGAAAUAAAUCAAUGAAAGUUUCAGAUGUUUAGAGGGAUUUAGAAGGAGAAGUAAGGAAUUGACAAAGAAAGGCAGUAGUUACCAUUGUUAACCAGAUAUUAUGGUAUAGCCUACCUAGCAGCACAUUUGCAGCAACUCAUGAUUAAAAUCUGGCACAAUUAUGCCCUAUGCUAGAGCCUAGAAAGUCUGAAGGUAUGUUGAUAUCUUUGCUCCCUAAGGGCAAAUAAACUACUUCUGGCAAUACA